AUGAUUCGACGAAAUAAACGACAGAUGGAUAGACAGAUACAGGAUCUAUCGAAGCUUGAGAAUAAAACAAAGAGCUUAAUUAAAGGUGCUGUUAAGAAGGGAGACAUGAAGAGUGCCAAAAUGUAUGCUCGAGAGUAUCGAAAUGUUGGGAAAACGGUGAAAAGAAUGUCCAUUUCACGAGCCACUUUGGACUCCAUAGGAAUGAAACUAGGCGAGCAACAGCAGCUUAUUAAGAUUAAAGGUUCGAUGCAAAAGUCUACUGCCAUAAUGAAGGAUAUGAAUACUUUGGUGAAACUUCCACAAAUGAGUAGAACAGUUCAACAGCUUUCAAGAGAAUUGACCAAAAGUGGAGUAAUCGAUGAGAUGGUUGAUGAUAUGAUUGAUGAGAAUUCCUAUGAAGAAGAAGAUGAAGAUGAAGAGAAGGAGAUUGAUCAAAUUUUGGAUCAAGUUCUCAGUGAACAAGAAAGUAAGUCGCCUAUUAAUAGUCUUCCAGAGGCACAGAAGGUGGAACGGGAGGAAGCAGAGGAGCCAGAGGAGCCAGUAGAGGAUGAGAUCUUGGAGAAUAUGAGAGAGAGGUUGAGUGCAUUGGAGUAA